GCGAGAAUCUUCAAAUCAAUUGGGGUUCAGGAAAUGUACCUGUUCUAGGCCUAUAUCUUGGGAACGAAAUCAAAACCCAAACUGUUGUCGCAGUCACUAACAGUGCAGGAUCUGGCGGAAGUGAUGAACCACGCAAUGAAUCAGGUCAAUCCCAGAAUGCGAUUAAUGCCUUCCGAUUCGGCCACAGAGGACUUCCAAAUCAUAUCGUCUUUGCGCUAUGAUCCUGCGCUCCUGGAUUUGAACACGAAAAAAGCUACAGACUCCAGGUUUCAUCCUUCCAGCUCGCCAUACUACCUACUUCCCUAUCAUCAAGCACGACUUUGUAACGCUGCAGAAUGCUUCGGUUGGGCGAAGGCGCUGGCAUUUCCACAACAAGACCUUGCGCAGUUUUCCCAGUUCCUUGAUACCUUCAUUUUGGAUAGGACGAGACCCUGGCGCCUCCGUAUCGUUCUUGACCGCGCCGGAGCCUGCGAUGUCGAGGUCAACCCAACGGCACCAAUUGACCCAAUGAACUUGCUUGUGCCGAGCGAGAAAGAUACACAAGAAAGGCUAUGGGAUGUAUACGUGGAUACGGAACGUAUAAACCCGUCCGCGUUCACGAGGCAUAAAACCACUGCUCGCGAUAUCUACAAUGCUGCACGGGUGCGGUCGGGGAUCAUGGCUCCCUUGGACCCAAAGGAAGUGCUGCUUGUAAACCCUGAGGGUCAGAUCAUGGAAGGGAGCAUCACCACACCCUUCUUUCGGCGCAGGCGACCUAGAAGUGAGGGCGGAACGUCAGGGAGGGGUCUUGACUCAGAAUGGGUUACGCCGCCUCUCUCGAGCGGUGGUAAUGCAGGCACAACAAGGCAAUAUGCUUUGGCCGAGGGGUUCUGCACUGAGCAGAUUAUCGAAGCUGCUGCUUUGGUUGAUGGCGAAGAGUGUUGGCUCAGUAAUGGAGUCCGGGGCUUCAUCCGUGGCAGAGUUGUCCUGCAGAGACCCGAUGAGCAGCAGGCCUAGGAUCUCACAUUCAACAGGAAUGGGCUUAGGUGAAGAACCGCUCAUCAAGAACAUAGACAUGUAAUGUUCCAGUGAAAUGCAACACCCUGGCGACUUAUUCAGUAAGGGGGGUUGGCUGCCUUGUAAACAAUGGCGGAAGCAGUAUUUCGUGCCUGAUUAAUGUCAUAGGCAGUCAAAGCAACUCAUAGAUGUCGAUUGUGCGCCAUCUUCCUAAAAACAUGAAAAGUCAAGCGAUUGGUG